AAGAUUGAAAUUGACUCUUUCAACUACAACUUAGUCACAAUGGAAGAAACGCGUGCCGAAAAAGUUUAUGGAGGAUGUGAAGGUCCUGAUGCAAUGUACGUUAAACUAAUAUCUUCAGAUGGACAUGAAUUUAUAGUGAAAAGAGAGCACGCACUGACUUCUGGUACAAUUAAAGCUAUGCUUUCUGGUCCAGGUCAAUUUGCCGAGAAUGAAGCUAAUGAAGUGCAUUUCAGAGAAAUCCCAUCGCAUGUACUACAGAAAGUUUGUAUGUACUUCACUUAUAAAGUUCGUUAUACAAAUAGUUCAACAGAAAUUCCAGAAUUUCCUAUUGCUCCUGAAAUUGCCUUGGAACUGUUAAUGGCGGCCAACUUCUUGGAUUGCUAAAUCAAUUGUUUUAAUUUUUGUUGUUUAAAAAACCAUUAUUCAAAUUUGAGAAUAAUAAUUAUUUAUACUUUAUCUGAUAAACAUACUGACGUAUCAUAAUUUUGAUUCGAUUAAACUUUUUCUUUAAAGAAAAUAAAUUAAUGG